AUGGAUUCCCUCCCCUCGACCCCCAAGGCCACGCCGAUGGCAGCGAUGGCAGCUCCCCCCUCCGCGGGGUCUGAAACCCCCGGGAAAUGGCGCCACCCCCAGUUGGAUGAGAUUGUCCGACGUCAGAACGCAGCUACAUUUGGUGACAAGAACUUGCGAAAGGUCAUUUGGAACGGAGGUGCCCUAGCUAUUACUUGGGGCUUUGGAAACAGCAUCAAGAACAGCUCGCAUUACAUUUUCGACCAUAACUCGGCAUAUCCCGAGGCUUCGCUACUGCUCAUUCAGCUCUUCUUCGUCGUCAACAUUCUCAUCGCCUUGUACCCUCUCUUCCGACCAGUGGAUAACCUCUCCGAUAUUCCCUUGACACCUACUCAGCGAGCCCUUCUGGGCUUGGAUCCCACCGCUACCCCUCCUCUUACACCCGGAACUACAUAUGUCACCCCGCCAAGGUACCGCGUGUCAACUUCGCGCAAAGGCAGCCCUGCAAGCCAGAGCGGGUCGCCCCUGUCUGCGACACCCAACUUUUCAGAGCGACGCGUUUCCUCCGGUACUCCAUUCUCGCCUGCCUCCAGUCCAUUGUUCCAUAAAGCAGUUGCCAACGGUGGAAGAGAUACAGGUCGGCGACCAAGUUUCGGAUCAUCCUCGCCUCUUGGUCGCAGCACCGCCUCGUUCGGAGAAUCCAGCAUCGGCCCCGGUACACCUUCUCCUCUAGCAGGGAAGCGAACCAGCUUGUCACUGAUAUAUGAACCUUACCCCGUGAGGGACUGGGUUCAUUUACCAGCAAUGGGGGCCUCGGAGUCGAAGCUUGUGUUCAAGCAAGGCAUCUUCCGCCUCUCCGAAGAGAAGGAGAUCCCCGCCGACGACCCUUACUGGACGAGAUUCUGGGAGCUACCCGAGUCUACAGAAGAUGUCUUCAGCUUGUUCACGCCUGCUGACAUCCGACGAACGCGCGACCAUGCCUUAUCGAACUUUGAAACGUUGAUACUCUCAGUGUCCUCACGGCUUAUAGUCUUGAAAAACCACCCUUCUUUCCCCGAUCCCGAUCUUGCACCCGAUCGUGAUGUGCUCAACUGCAUUCGCAUACUCACCCGGCUCCUACCCUUUGUCUACGAAGCCGAACACCUGGAGGAUUGGGAAGAGAAGUUCUUUUGGUCGCGUCGCAAGAGAAAGACUAGACAGUCGCAGAUUGCAGGGGAAGUGCUCUUUGACGAUGCACAGCUGGAGGAUCAGCAAGACGGGUCUUCGCCAUACGGAGAAGAAUACGAAGAUGUGAAACCUCUCGCAGAGGAGUUGAUCGAUACGUUGCUUGACUUGCUCUUUUUCGCCGACUUCACCAUUCCAAUGCUUCCAACUGCCAAAAGCAAGAUCUCAUACUCGAUCUGGCAAAGUGGUGUGGGCUGCAAUACAUCUAUGGGAUCCAACAAAACCCUUGAGAAUAAUCGAUGCGAGAUUCUCCGGCUACUGCUCACGAUGACCGGAAAGGCAAUGUACUUACCUUCCAACACGCUCCCCGUACAAGGUGUACGGGCCAUCACAUACAUCACCACGUGUCAGGACAAGCAGGCCGUUUUGACCACACUUUGUUCCCUGCUGAACACGGCCAUGAAAUACAAUCCUGCAACAUGGAGGGUUCCAUACGACCACGUGGUCUGGAAAGACCCUAAGCAGAUACUGGUCAUCUACUGCUUACAGCUUCUCCUUGUCCUUCUACUUUACCCAAUUCCCGAAGAUGGCCGUGGUACUCCUCCGAAGAAUUACUAUCGCCAUUACUUUGGUAGGCUGCAUAGGCCCCAGGAUUUCCAGUUCCUCGUAGAUGGCAUGACCAGAAUUCUAAACCAGCCUAUGCAAGCCACAAAUUCAUUACUUCCAGGAAGUCAAAGAUCAGUGAAAUGGGCACCGGAGAUCCUGAUCCUCUUCUGGGAGACUUUGCAGUGCAAUAAGCGUUUCAGGUCAUUCAUCAUCGACUCCAACCGCUCGCAUGAUUUCUUGAUUCUUUGCAUAUUUUAUGCCAUGGAGUAUAGAGCCGAUCCAUCUAAACAAGGAGUAGUUCGGAUGUGUGUCUUCAUUCUUCAGACGAUGAGUGCGGAACCGACUUUCGGCAAGAGUCUCAACAUUCAUUUCGAGGCACAAGAAACCCUGCCACUGUCAAUUCGACAGGAGAAAUUCCGAGGCUCCUAUGCUGAUUAUCUUAUUAUGUCGAUCCAUACGCUCAUGACAACUAGUAAAGGGAACCUCGACACAGUUUAUCCCGCCCUCAUGAUCAUCUUAAACAACAUCGCCCCAUACAUCCAGCAUAUUUCGGCUGUGACUUCUCCCAAAGUGAUUCAACUUUUUUCUUCUAUGUCUGCGCCCAGCUUUUUGUUGGCCAAUGAGACAAAUCAUACUCUUCUUGCUUCGUUGCUUGACUUCAUCAAUGCUAUUCUUGAGCACAACUUCACCGAAAACCGGUAUCUCGUAUACGCUAUCUUGAAGUAUAAACAACGAUUUGAAGCCAUCCGAGCUUUCACGCUUGAGAGUGGUCAGCAAGAAAUUGAGCGACAGAGGGAAAAACGAAAGGCUAGAGAGACCCCAGCCGAUGUGAUCAGCAGUCCCUCGCUAUCCCACUCCGAAGAAGAUUUACACACACCUUCGGGUGCUCGGUCGCCUUUGACUCGUAUUCCCGAAGAGAACAGCGCGUUCGCGAUUGGAGAUGACGAUUCAGACGACGAAGGAGAAAACACACCGUCUCAAUCGUCUCCUUCCGCUCAAACCUCACGUAGGCCUUCUUUUGCCUCAACUACCGAUGAGAAUGGCUCACAGCAGUUGCGGGGCAUGUCCGAAAAAGCUCGUGGCAAAAUGCCCGCCGGUCGCCCGUCCUUCUCUCGCCAGAAUAGCAUGACAAGUCAAACAAGCAUGUCUGCUCUGUUCACUGCCUCGUCAACCGGCUUCAUGCCAACUGUUCCUUGGCUCGAAUCUUGGCUUCCAGAGUUACCGCUGCAUACAAUUCUGACCAUCAUUUCCGCCAUUGCUCCCCAUAUUCCAGAAGCUGCUCUGCAGACUACUGCAAGCCCCGAGGCCCGUACUCUGAUCAGUAAUCUUCCAUCAUUUGCCGAAGAGCCACAAGUCAAGAGUAUCAUUUUAGAGCCGACACCACCCCGCGCCCAGUCAUUUGAGUGGUCUGCCCUUUCCAUGGGUUGGUACGAGUCUCUCCUCUGGGGCUUCAUCUUUUCGAGUGAGAUGGUAGUGGGCUCUGCUGCGGGUGCAACUGCGGGUACCGUCGGUGUUUGGAACGGCACCGGAAUCCGUCUAUUUAGAGUUCAAGAGGCUGCUGCUCAGGGACCGACUCUACUGGCUCCAAAGGGGGCCGUGGAUGCAGUUGGUAGCAAUUUGGUCCAGCGAAUUGGAAAUCUCAGUCUGCGUGGCCGCAACUCAAUAUCCCAGGAGUCUCCAGGCCAACCCCCGAGUGUGCGUGAAGUCUAG